GACCAUUGUUUACAUUGAGGAGGAAGAAGUAGACACGAAGGUGGUUGUCUCCAGAUUUGAAAUUUGUUUCGCUUCCUAGAGCAUUUUACUCCACAAUUUUGGUCCUCAGUGACUACGAAGAAACAUCUGAGACAUUCCCAUCGUUUUAUAAGUGAGAGUUGACUGAGACGUAUCCGUAGGAGAGGAUUAGCAAUUAGUGACCUCUUUAAGUUCAUGGCGAGCAAACGCAAUGCAAGGAAUAAAGUCAUUCAUCGACAAACAUUCCAGAACAGUAACCAGAUGGUGGAGUUAACAGUGAAAACAAUACCUAAACAGGCAGUUCGUGAUGAGAUCUCCAAAUCACAGCCCCCAUUUGUUCGAGACUGUGCUCUUAGAAAAGAAUUACAAAAGGUUGUUGAUGAUAAGAACAACAAUAUCAGUCACAAAAAUGCAGAAAAAAAGGCCUCUGGAAAGUAUUCCAGCAACAGGGAAAGAGCUAAGGGCUUGAAUGGACGUGUUACAGUUGAAGUGAUAAAAAAUAAAACUAAAAGAGACCACCAUGAGGUUGUAUCACAUAAUGCUACUUGGGAAGAAAUGCUUCAUAGCUGUAGUACUAUCACAACUUGUAGUGACAUAGAUGCAACAGAAGACUCCUCCGUAUUAGAGUUGACAAACAACAUGAGAAAUGGACCCGCCAAAACUGCAGGACAACCACCUGUCAGGAUUGAUAAGGAAAAUACAAAAAGUAAUUUAACCAGAGCUCAGAUUCAGUUACAUAACCAACAAAACCAGUCAGUACAAACAUCAUUUGUCAAUCCUUAUCGACAAAAUGUAACAAAUAACCAGUCCCAAAACAGACAAAGAAAUAAGAGACCUGUACAAGAAGAAUAUGAAAAACCAUAUAAUAGUCAAGUUAGAAACACAAGAUCAGUAGCAGUAGAGACAGAUCCAGAUAACAGGUCAAAUGUCCAAGGAGGUCAUACACAGAAUUUAAACACAGAGAGAGUUCCUUCUAAUCAACUUCUCCAGCAGCCAGAACAACAGUCAAGCAACAGGCUACUUUCUGAUGAUGUCAACAAUUCACCAUUUGGGGAAAGUGCCUUACAGUUACUUCAUCAACUUAGAGAAAGACUAAACACCAGAGGUGACAGUGAAGGGAGCAAUAUGGUUGGCAUUCUUGAGGCAUUUAUUGGCAUGCGAGGCAGCAUGGGGAGCGUUGGCACAGGCAAUCCAGUCUUCCAAAUGAAUAGUGCUUCUCCUCUCUAUACCACUGUAUUCCAAACACCCUCAAGCCAGCCCACCUCCUGUGGGGUCAGUCAACAGCCUGAGAUCAAAAGAUGUCAGCAGCUCCGACAGGAAGCAGGGCAACCAACAUGCAGAAAUUUUGAGAGCCAGCAACAGAAUCAGCAGCACAACCCUACCAGCCAAAAUCCACAAGCAAAUAAGAGACAUAUCAAAGAGAAUGAUCUUGAAAGCAAAGAUAAAAAUGAUCAUAUUUCUCACCAAAAGGAAAAGGACAUUGAACAGUUAAGGAGAGUCAUAGAACAUCAGAGGCGAAUUAUUUCUGAGCAGGAAAAUAAUAUGCAAGAGCUGAAGACUUUGAGUGCACAUAUUUUAGCACAAAAAGAAGAGUUCUUACAGGCAGCCCAGACACAUCAGGCUCAUAAAGAAUCACUCACAAAGCCCAGGAAAGAUUCAUCUCCCACACAGUCUACUGCACAAAAUCGAGACAGUGGUUAUGGUUUUGAAGAAGUGGGGAAGGCAGACACUCCCGUGCACUUGGAAGACACUUCAACAGAGGAAGAAGAGAGCAGGCAACCUGGAAGAAAGGCAAUGAACAAACAGAGAAAAACAGAUAGGGCAUUGAGAUCAUCUCUAUUACAGUUACAAACUGAAAACCAAAUAUUGCGGAGGGAAGUGCAGAGUAAUCGGGAUCUUAUACUAAAUCUAGAGAACCAGUUGAGUAGAGCCUACAAAGAAAUUGACAGUGAACGUCAGUCUCGUUCUGGUCUCUCCAUAUCAAGACUCUCAGGAUCAGCACCAAAUUUAGACCUAAUAGGACAUCAUAGUGAGGCAGUGUCCAUUAAGAACAAAACAAACAAGAGAACACCAUCUUUCUUGGGUGAGAGUGAGGCAGACUCAGCAUAUGAAGAGAAGAGUGGCUCUCAUCUCACAUCAAAAAUCAACUCCCCUCACUCUGAUGGUCAACAAGGGAAAGAUUCAAGAACAGGUUCUCUAAGAUCAUUCCCCAUUCAUUCAGGGGAAAUUCCUGAGCGAGAGAGGAUGGCAGUGGCCACAGCACAUGACAUUCCCACUGAUACAGCUCUUCUUCAGACAGGAUAUAUUGGCAAGGAGUUGACUGUACCUCAUACCCUCAUGAAUGCAGCUACCAUUCCAAGUCCGCUUCUGCUCCAAAAUCCUGUUUUGACCACCCAAGAAAAUGAUUAUAGAGAAACAAAUGCAUCAGCAGAGAAGAGCACAGCAGCUGUUUCAGAAGUUUCCAAUGAAGAUGGUAAACAAAAGUCAUUAAAACCAAGUCAACAACUCAGCAGCAGCCGGCAUGUACCCUUACCCAAAAAAGGUCUUGAUGGCUUAGGAAUCAAAAUCAGUGAUCUUGACCCUAAGCCUGUAGUUGUUCUACAAGAUCCAACAUUUACUUCCUUCAGCACUGUCAGUGAACAAAGUUAUCAGGAAAGUGUUUUAACCUGUGAGAAUUCUUUUCUUGAAGGAAUUACAAUGUCAAGGCAUGCAUCUAAACCUAACUCUAGGGUGACAUCACCUGCAAACCUUAAUAACACAGAUCAUUCCUCUUUAGAUCUUCACCCACUAGAAUCAACUAGAGUAAAAGCUUCUUUCCACACUUUGAGCGAGUCUCGUGAAUUUGUUGCAUUAAAAGGAAAUGAGACCAGCACCUCUUCAGAAUUUAAUAGUGUUGAAGAACUGGAGUAAAUUCUGUUGUUUUCUUGCUGUUUCAGUAAAUACUGAAUAAUUAAACAAUAAUACAAGAUAGAAAAUUUCUUUGUAAAGUCUCUUUGAUAAUGAUAUAUGGCAUUUAUUUUGACUGACUUUUCUCUCUUUUUGGUAUAAAUAGGUGAAAGUAGAAGUCCUAACUGUUAUGCUCAAAUUGCUGUUGUAUGACAGUUUAAUAUAUUUUUUUUAUCAAUACCCCUAUUCAGAUAAGUCCUCCCCUCACAUACACACAAUUCUUCCUUGUACGUCACUACUCUGUCUUGUAAUAUUUAACCCAACAACAAUGGAUUUAUCCACUGUUUCAUGUAGUUUUUUUGUAAAUUUUGAUACAUACAGAUAGCUCCACAUGUGCUCAGCCAGGAAGGAGUCUAUUAUUAGGACCUAGUGACCGCUCCUGAUUUCCCCGUUCCUUGAAAUUGUGGAAAAAUGUAUUUAUUAUUCUUAUUGGUAUUUUGAUUAUUCAAGGAAAAGAGUAAACAGGUGAGAUAGGUAAGAGUAAUAACUGAUUAUUGGUGACUAAGCACUUAUAGAGCCAUCUGUGUGUAAAUACAAUAAAUAAACUUAUAUUACAGUGGACAUGGUAUGUAUUCUUGCCAUACAUGGCAAUUGGGUUAAGUAACCAUUUUUAGCCUUGCAAAGUUAGUCACUUUAAAUGCAUUUGUGAAAAGUAUUUUUUAUGCACUUAUUAACACAAAUUGUAAAUUCCAUGCUAUGUGAUCUCAUAAAGGUAGGCAUAUCCUUUGUUCAGUGUAGCAAUAAUUUUUUCCUGUGUUCUAAAUUUUAUGUGGUCACUAGAUCAGUAACAUGUUCAUUUAAACAUUAUGAUAGGUUCUUACACAGGUAGAUAGGUACUUAGCACACACAAAAUAGUGUUUAUAGUUGCAACUACCACAUACUUCUCAGUACUCUUAGAUCUUCCAAGUGAUCAGUUAUCCAUCCCCAAUGUAGUACCUGGUACUUAAUGCUUGUUAGCAUCAAGUUUUAGAUUAAGAGUAGAUAUAUUUAAGACAUAGAUUUGGGCAUAUGGCUUUUAGAUUAUAUCAGAGUUAAUUGUUUGCUGAUAAAUAUCUGUUGAAAUAUACAAAAAUUGUAAUAUGUACAAAAUGCCAAGACUAUUUUGCAGAGAUAAGAGGUGAAAACCUUUUUUAUAAUAUUAAAUAUAUUUAUAUCCAAAUGAGCUUUUAAAAUAUAACACAGAAAUCAGUUUGUCACAAUGGGUUAACUUUACUUAGUAUAGUGUCAAUAUUCGUAUGUGGUAAAUAUCUUGAUUACUGUUUACUUUUAGAAGGUUUGUGGCAAUCCCAGAUGUCUUAGAUAUACCAAGAGACUUUUUCUGAAGUAAGAAGGAUAUUUUUACACUUCUGUUUUAUAUUUUUGCAAUAUUUGUUAUAUUUAUUCUGUAUAAUAAAGAUAGUAAUAC